AAGCUUACGCAUAUUCAAUUAAUUGCAAUUGCUCUGCUCAAUUCCAGGGAGUGGAAAUGGAGUUCUCAACGUCCUUAUCAACGAGGUCCGCAACACUCCACCGUGCGCCCUCAGAGACGUUGCUGCUGCUCAGAAGAGUGAAGUUUCCUGCGUCGAACCAAUGUUAUGCUUCGUUUUUGCGGAUCAAAAGAGCUAUCAGACCUUCGGUACUUUCAAUUCCGAAGGGAAAUCAUUCGCAGGUAUGUUGCCAAAGGAAACAAAUUCCAGUCAUGGAUGCUGAGUGCAUGGAUGACAUAUAUGAUGCCUUGGCAGAGCACCUUGUUCCUACAGCUGCAGCCGCAUCAAAUCCCAAUUUAAAGCAUAUUGUUGGUUUGGCUGGUCCUCCCGGUGCUGGAAAGUCAACUCUUGCUUCUGAGGUUGUCCGGAGAGUUAAUAUGUUGUGGCCACAGAAGUCUUGUUCCUUUGAUUCCCAAGUGGAAACACCUGCAACUGCUAUUGUUCUUCCAAUGGAUGGAUUCCAUCUUUAUCGCCGCCAGCUUGAUGAAAUGGAGGAUCCGGAUGAAGCGCAUGCCAGAAGGGGAGCUCCAUGGACAUUUGAUCCCAACUUACUGCUAACGUGUUUAAAAACUCUGAGAGAUCAGGGAUCAGUAUAUGCUCCAUCAUUCGACCAUGGUGUCGGAGAUCCAGUGGAAGAUGAUAUCUUUGUCAGUGUUCAUCACAAAGUGGUGAUAGUUGAAGGUAAUUAUUUGUUGUUGGAAGAGGGUGUCUGGAAAGAUAUUUCAUCAAUAUUUGAUGAAAAGUGGUUUGUUGAUGUUGACAUUGAAAAAUCAAUGCAACGAGUCUUAAAGAGGCACAUAGCAACAGGGAAACCUCCUGAUGUUGCUAAAUGGCGGAUUGACUACAACGACAGACCCAACGCCGAGCUAAUCAUGAAAUCCAAGAAAAACGCAGAUUUGGUGAUCAAGUCAAUCGACUCUUCAAGGUGAUUGAAUCCCUAAAGCCCGAAAACUCUAGCUUUCAUCGCUUACCUUUUUUGUUUCGUAUGAGGAAACAUCUGGAUAAAAUAACUGCUAUGGUUGAAAACCAGUGCAUGAUCUGUCACCAGCAAUAAUCUUCAUUGUUGUAUGAAUUGACUUAAACAUAUUAUACUUAAAUCUUUAUCCCAGUUCUUAUA